AUGUCAACAAGUAAAAUUGAAGAAAUCCAUCAACAUAUUAAUGAAAUAAAUGAAAAGAUUCCUUUACAACAAGAAGAGGUCGUUAUAAUUAUUGGUGAUACAGGAGAAGGGAAAAGUUCUCUCUUAAAUUAUUUAGCUGAAGUUCCCCUGUUUGGUAAAAAGAGAAAAGGGUUUGAUGAGUUUGUUAUUUACACUGAAAAUCCUUUAAAAGGUAGUGAGAUUACCGAUGGAAGUGUUUCAAAAACUUCUUUGCCAUCAGGUUGGAAAGAGUAUUGGGAUUGUCCUGGUUUUGGGGAUACACGUGGUGAGGUCCAGGAUAUUGUAAAUGCCUAUUCAAUUUACAAGUUAAUCAAAAGUGCAAAAAAAGUAAAGGUUUUGAUCACUGUUUCUGAGGCUACAAUUAAGAUGUCAAGGAAUAAGAGUUUCUUGGAUCUUAUUCGUAAUAUAGGAGAAAUUUUUAAAAACACAGAUAAAGACAAGUUAGUUCAAGGGUUAUGUCUGGUAGUAACAAAAAAUGAGACUCUUAACUUGGAAAAAAUGAGAUAUGUUUUACAUGAAAUUUGUAAGGAACAGAAUGGUCAAAAAAAUUUCAGUGAAACUCAAGGAAAAAUACUUGAUUUUUUGUCUUCCUCUGAAAGUCAAAUUGUUUUUUUCAAUACACCAAAAAAAGAAGGUCUUAUUUCUUAUGAGGACAGAUCUCAAAUCCUGGAAGGUAUAAAGAAUAUUUCUUAUUUGGAAAAAUCAGAACCUAGCAUUUCUUUUCAAUCUGGAUCAAAAAAUUAUAUUGGAGAUUUAGUAAAUAAGCUUAAUGAUGACAUAGAAAAUUUUAUAAAAGAUAAAUUUUAUCCAGGAAUUCUAGGCUACCUUAAUAAUUUAAUAGACAAUCAUUUAGGCACAGUUAAAGAGUUAAAAGAAUCUCAACCUUUAAAAUAUUUCCAUGAUCAAUUGAAUGAAAUAACUAGUGAACCACAACAGUUUGAAAAUAAUCUUGAUCAAAUUUCCUCAAUCACUAAACUUUUCCAAAUAAAAGAACUUGAAGAGGAAUUUGAUAAAAAAAUUUUACAAUUAAAAUUCAUUAAGCUUAUUAAACCCGAAAUUAAAGGCAAUACUAACAGCUGGCAUCAUUCUAUUAUAUAUAAAUCUAUUCAGGACAUAGGUAUGCUGACAUCUCCACCUGAAAAAGAUCAACAAAGACAAGUGUUAACUCUCAAAGGCCUAAUUAUUGGUGCUGAGGAUAUUAAUGCUGCUAUGAAAGAUAAAGAACUAUCUGAAAUAAACGUUUACAGCUUGAACAGUUUGUUUAUUGAUGAAGAUAUAGAUGCACCAGGAAUUGAUUUGACAUUAAUGUCUCCCAAAUGGCAUGUUGUAGGCAAAAGAAAAAUUAGUUUAAAAGGUAAAUCUGGCACUCAGCACCAACCAAGUAAAGCAGUUGAUGGAAUUGAUGAAAGAGAUGGAAAUAGAGAACAAAUUAAUGGAUUACCUGGGUUGCCUGGGUUGCCUGGUAAAAAUGGAGGGCAUUUUUAUGCCAAAGGAAAAAAAUUUUUCAAUCUUUCUUCCUUAACUAUUGAUGUUAGUGGUGGAGAUGGUGGACAAGGUCAAGAUGGUGGUAAUGGUGGCAAUGGACUGGAUGGUUCAGAUAUUGGAAAAGAAAUUGUAGAAAGUAGAGAUGAACCUGCUCUUGUUUCAAGGAAAAAAGUAACAGGAAACAUCAUAUUAAGUGGAAUGAAAUUUCUUUUGACCUUUAAUAAUAUAUUUACAGAAAUAUAUGAAAGUUGUGAUAAAGGACAUGAAGGAGGAAAUGGUGGAAAAGGAGGGAAAGGUGGCUUUGAAGGGAAACCUGGCUUUGUAAUCAUAGAUAGUCCAUUUCUAUUAUCUGAAACUCCUACUAUUUCCAAAGCAGGGAGUAAGAAGGGUGAAAAUGGUACAGGAGGGGAACCAGGAAAAGGUGGAAAAAAUGUAAAAUAUUGUGGGGUAUACAUUAAUGAAGUGAUAUUUCCUGAGUUUAGAGGCUGCAAGGAAAAAAAUUCAGAAAAUUUAAAAGAUUUAGAAAAUUUAGAAAAUUUAGAAGAUUUAAAAGAUUUAGAAGUUUCUAAACCUAGAGAAACGAUAACUGGAGUAAUAGCAGGAACAGGAAUUGCAACAGCCGCAGGAGGUAUUGUUGCCAAAGCAACGGCUAAGGAACUAGUUUUACAACAAUCAGCCCAAGUAACUAUGAAGGAGGGGACAAAACAAUUAGUCUCAAAGGUGUGGUGGUGGCAAAGUUCAUCCGUUCUAACAGCAGAAGGUAGUAAGGCAGCAAUACAACAGAUAUCUAAAGAUACUUUUAAGAUUGUUACUCAAGAGGCAGCUGAAGAAAUAACAAAGCAAGGAGGCAAAGUUAUAGUAGACAAUGUUUUAAAAAUAGGUGCUACUGAAUCAGGUAAACAUGUUGUAAAAGUUGGUGCUUCUACUGGUGCUUCUCUGUUCAAAGGUAUGGGCACAGGCUUAAUAUUCCAAGCGGUGGCAUCUUCAUUAAGUGCAUAUUUAUCAAGUCGUUGGGAAAAAGAGGUACACAAAGUAGAUUGUGGAUAUGCUUCUAAUGGAAAAUCACCCAACUCAUUUAAUGACCAAGAUAUUCAAAGACCUUCUGAACUUUUCAUAAACAAAUAUAAGAAUGUUUGUUAUAAUGAUUUUUAUGCUCAGAGGAAAAAUGAUCAUCUUCUUCCUGAUGUGUGUCUCGACCUUGAUUUUAUAUCCAAUAGAAUUUAUGAUGAUUGUAAUAUUGUUUUUACAAAUCGUUCGUCGACAUCCAGCUAG